GGAAAGGGAAUAAGUGCUUCUUGCUGGGGCCUGGGGCAUGUGUUUCAUGCUGUUUAUGCUUAUUCUAUUUCAAUGGAAAGACUGUUUAUGUGGAUCCUAUCAUCUUAUUCUUGUUUUUAACUUAUAUAAGUUUGGUCCCUGAGCAAGGCAAUCAGCGAAUUAGGGUUUCUGUACACACAACAUUCGAUAACUAUGUCUGUUGGAAGUGAAGGGGACAAAACACUGGAGGCAAUCUGUUAUAGGCGCGGCUCACUUCAGUUACUUGAUCAAAGAAAACUUCCCUUAGAGACUCUUUAUUUGGAUAUCCACGAUACAAACGAUGCCUGGGAUGCAAUCAAGGAAAUGGUUGUCCGUGGGGCACCAGCAAUUGCUAUAGCUGCUGCACUGUCUUUGGCAGUAGAAAUUUCAAACCUAGCUUCCUUUGAUGGGACUUCUCAUGAUGCAUCAGUUUUCCUAAGUAAAAAAUUGGAUUUUCUUGUUUCAAGUCGUCCAACAGCUGUUAAUCUUUCAGAUGCUGCAGUAAAGCUUAAAGAAGUUAUAAGCAAGGCUGCUGCCACAGCCAAAGAAGCCAAUUCAGUGUUUCAGGCUUACAUUGAAGUUGCUGAAGUUAUGCUGGAGGAUGAUGUUACUUCCAAUAAGGCAAUUGGUUCAUAUGGAGCUAGUUUUAUUAAGAAUUACCUGACAGACUCUAAGAAUAUAACAAUUUUGACCCAUUGCAACACUGGAAGUCUUGCCACAGCUGGAUAUGGAACUGCUCUUGGUGUUAUCCGGGCACUUUAUGCUGACGGAGCUUUAGAAAGGGCAUACUGCACAGAAACACGUCCAUUCAAUCAGGGAUCCAGAUUGACUGCAUUUGAAUUGGUUCAUGAAAACAUCCCAGCCACCCUUAUAGCUGAUUCAGCUGCAGCUGCAUUAAUGAAUGCUGGUCGUGUGAAAGCUGUCAUUGUUGGAGCUGAUCGUGUAGCUGCAAAUGGUGAUACUGCCAAUAAGAUCGGAACUUACAACCUUGCUGUUUCUGCCAUGUAUCAUGGUAUACCAUUUUACGUUGCAGCUCCUUUGACUUCUGUUGAUCUAUCCCUUUCUUCUGGACAAGAAAUUGUGAUAGAAGAAAGAUCUCCAAAGGAACUGUUACAUACACGAGGAGGACUAGGUGAACAAGUUGCUGCCUCUGGUAUUUCGGUUUGGAACCCUGCAUUUGAUGUCACCCCAGCUAAGUUGAUUAGUGGAAUCAUCACUGAAAAGGGUGUCAUCACGAAGAAUGGGACAGACACCUUUGAUAUUGCUGGGUUUGUGCGGAAGACAUCAGGAAAUUUGUGAUGCUGGUUUUGUUAAAUGUUUGUUUAGUUGAUAUUUCUUGAACUUUGCUAAAACCCUCCAUCUUACAGUGAGUAAUAAGUGCUCACAAGGCAACAUCUAUUUCACUCCAAUAAUGUUAAUCUAUUGUGGUCCUAUAUGAACAUGGAAAA